GGCACGAAGCAGCAGUGGCAGCUGUCAUGUGAAUCAGCUGGGCGAACGAGGAAGGAGAUAAACAACAACACGAUUCCGUAUUUCCAAAUAAAGGUUACAGCUGCUGAGGUGUCAGGAUGGCGGGGGCAGAGGUGUACACCCCUGCAAACCCCACCUGCAAGAUUAUGACCUUCAGGCCCACCAUGGAAGAGUUUAAAGACUUCAACAAGUACCUGGUCUACAUGGAGUCCCAGGGUGCACACCGUGCUGGCUUGGCCAAGGUCAUCCCUCCUAAAGGCUGGAAGCCUCGUCGCACCUACGACGAUAUAGACGAUGUGAUGAUCGACGCUCCCAUUCAGCAGAUGAUGGCCGGCCAGUCAGGGCUCUUCACUCAGUACAACAUCCAGAAGAAGCCGCUCAGUGUGCAGGAGUUCAGGCGAUUAGCCAACAGCGACAUGUAUUGUACACCUCGUUACCUGAAUUAUGAAGAUCUGGAGAGGAAAUACUGGAAGAAUCUGACUUUCGUCUCGCCCAUUUAUGGUGCAGACGUCAGUGGGAGCCUCUACGAUGAGGAUGUGGAGGAGUGGAACAUCGGCCACCUGAACUCCAUCCUGGACGUCAUCGAGGAGGACUGUGGCGUUUCCAUUCAGGGGGUCAACACUCCGUACCUCUACUUUGGGAUGUGGAAGACCACCUUCUCCUGGCACACCGAGGACAUGGACCUGUACAGCAUCAACUACCUUCACUUUGGAGAGCCCAAGUCCUGGUAUGCCAUCCCCCCCGAGCACGGGAAGAGACUGGAGCGUUUGGCUACAGGCUUUUUCCCCAACAGCUUCAAGGGUUGUGAGGCUUUUCUUCGUCACAAGAUGACUCUAAUCUCCCCUUCCAUACUGAAAAAGUAUGGCAUUCCCUUUGACAAGAUUACUCAAGAAGCUGGCGAGUUCAUGAUCACCUUCCCGUAUGGUUACCACGCUGGAUUCAAUCACGGGUUUAACUGCGCAGAGUCCACCAACUUCGCCACAGUUCGUUGGAUAGACUAUGGCAAAGUGGCCACACAGUGCACUUGUAGCAAGGACAUGGUGAAGAUUUCCAUGGAGCCUUUUGUGAAGCGUUUUCAACCUGACCGCUACGCCAACUGGAUGCUGGGCAAAGAUUCAACUCUUAUUGACCACACUGUGCCCACUCCCAGUACGACACCAGAGCUGCAGAGCUGGCUGCACAGGCGCCGUAAAGCCAAGGCGACUAAUAAAAGCAGUCAUUCUCGAAUGCGCUCCAAGCGCCUCAGAACCACAGAGGAGCCGGUCGGCCUGGAUGGCAGCUUAGAACUGAACAGCAGCAAGAGGAAAAGCAUCUGCGCUCAUUCGGGGUCCAAGGUGCGGAGGUCUGCAGUCGGAAAAACUUGCAAAGAAGUAGAAAAAGGAAAGAAAAAGGAAACUGAGUCCAAGCACAACCAGAAUUCGAACAUUUUGCAGUUCUCAGGUCCUUGCAGACAGAUGUGUGUGGUCAAGGUAAAUCGUGUCGAGAGAAACGGUUUGGGGGUUUCUAAGAGCGAUGCUUCCUGUAACUCCAGCUCCCCUGCUUCUCCAGGGAAGACUGAGCUACAGGCAACUGUCACUGACUCUCAGGACCUCUCAAGGUCCGGGGUCUCAGAGAGGACUCCUGAAGGACUCGGGUUAAGUCCUGAGGCUUCUCAGAGACACCCGGGAAUAAAUGAGUCGAGGUGUUGCUCUUCGGUGUCGCAAGUCCUCAAUUCAUCCUCCCACACAGACACUUUUCCUGAGACCAAAACAGACUUGUGUCCUCUUGAAUCUGAGAUUCACGUGUCAAGCUCCUCAUCUCACAGCCCAGCUGUGGACACUGACAGCAGUAAACACACAGGUACCAGAAACUACACCAACGAUACUGUUAAAACAGAGGAAAUGGACAUAGUUGAUCCGAUACAUAUGAAUUCACACUCCACCGCUGAAGCACUUUAUGAUCUCAAGAGUGAACCAGCAGAGGGAGAUGGCGCCACAUCAAGUGCCUCCUCCUCACAGCAGAGUGCAGGAACUGGCAGAAAGGAAGAAAGUAUUUUACCUCCUCUUUUGCAAAGGAAUACAGGGGAUAUGCCCCAACUCACACCAGAGCCGACUGACAGGAUUGGGAUUUGUCCUUUACCGCCAGUUUUAACCCAAGAGAUGCCGUCCCUCACGCCUGCUGAUGACGAGCUCACUGAUCUUCCAAAGUCUGCAUCAUGCAGUCACCAGAUUGCACCCGUGCUUCAGAGAGAAACACCAACUGGAUCUCCGUCCUUAAACGAAGCCAAAGAGGAAGAGGUGGCUGUACAGUUGUCAGCAGAGCCCAGUGCAGUAUUACACACCAACCACUGGCAUCCUGCAGUUAAUGGUGAAGAAGCAGCGGUGUCUGGUUCAGCAGGAAACAUGGCUCAGUUAGCAGACAGUGGCUUGCACAACAUAAUGCCUGGGGAUGUUCAUGAAAUGCUAAUAUCAUCUGUAGUUGCUUCUGAAAAGGAUCAAACAAAACUGGGGAAUUUCACUUGUGGGCUGAAUGACACCGCCCCCAGCCAGCUAGAUCAUAGAACUGCACCUCAAAGCGAGCCACAACCCAAACCAUCAAAUCCAAACACAGAUAACUCCAAAGAUGCAACUCCAAGAGUGUUAUCUGGUCAAACAAACUGCAGUCCUCCAACUCCUGACCCCACAUUAUGUCCCCAAAACAACAGUCCCGCAGCGUUACAGCUCAGCCAUCACACUACACACUCGUCUUGCCAUUACGCUUUCCAGAAUCCAUACACAGAACCCAAACCCUUCUCCAGUAGCGUCUGGAAGAACUUCAGUUCCCAGGGUCCCGCGGUUGUCAUCCAGAGUCUACAUCCAGAGCUUCCUUCUGAUUUCUCCCAUGAUCCUCUGCCCUACACCAUGUGGACCGAACCUCAGUGCAAACAGGUCACAGACCUGGACGAUCCAGCAAAAGACCUUCGUAGGUCAGAGAACCAGGAAGAUGCAGGUGGAGCUCCCACCUGGGCCCAACUGGAGCCCACCUCUCUCCUUACAGUCGGUGCUAUUGAACCUCUGGAACUUGGUGACGAUUAUGAUUUGCAAACAGGUGAAGUGGACGAGGCUGAAUCGCUGUCACUUAGCAGGGAACUGGGCAGACAAAGAGAAGCAUUGUCCCCCAUUAGGACAGGAGGGAGCGAACAUGAUGAGGAGUCGGACAUGGAGGAAGAGGAAUCCGAUUAUGAACAUAUGGAACAACAAAGAGAUGCAAAGGGACAAAGCAGUAGUGACUCAUCUGAAGAGGAGGAAGAGGAGGAAGAGGAGGAAAAUGACACGACUGACGACGAGUGUGAAGAGUCCAGUCUUGAACCUGGGGAGGUUUGUGCCUAUCCUACUCUGUCUGCCAAGAGGACCACUAAGAGCUGGCGUCACCCGCUCAGGAAGCCCACCGCAAGAGCUGUGCCCACUGCUGUCAAACAACAGGUUGCCAGUGACGAGGAGCCUCCUGAAGCGAGCCUUGGGGAAGAGGAAGGGGAGGAACAGGAAGUUGAAGCGUGGGCGAAGCCCCUCGUCUCCCUUUGGCAGAACAGAAAGAGCUGCUUCAAAACAGAACGGGAGUACAAUGCCCAUGCAUCCACCAUGCAGCCGUACUGUGCCGUGUGCACGCUCUUCAUGCCUUACUAUCAGGCUGAUGACAGGACUGAGGACAGUAAAUGUGUCACAGUGAAGGACACCAAACCUUGGUCUCCAAUGGACGGGUCAACGCCCCUCUGUGGAGGCUUGAGGAGGACUAAGCCCCUUAUCCCAGAGAUCUGCUUCUCUUUCCGAGAGCAGAACUGUCCGCCGACUCCGACUAACCCCCUGCUGCAGGAAGAUGGCACCUCCCCUCUGCUCUACUGCCGGAGCUGCUGCCUGCAAGUCCAUGCAAGUUGCUACGGUGUUGCUGCAGAUGACAUCAGCGAACAAUGGUCAUGCGAUCGCUGUUCGGAGGGAAGCUUUACAGCUGAAUGCUGUCUCUGUAACCUCAGAGGUGGAGCUCUGAAGAAAACUCUAAACAACAAAUGGGCCCACGUGAUAUGUGCUAUAGCGCUGCAAAUGCAUCUAUUGUCGCAGCCGCUGCGUGGGGAAGCGUCAGGCGGGGGCUUGCAUACAGUGCUCCUGCGGCCGGUGUCCCACCUCCUUUCACGUGACCUGCGCCCACGCUGCCGGUGUCAGCGUGGAGCCGGAUGAUUGGCCGUACGUCGUGUCGGUCACCUGCCACAGACACCAGUCCCAGACUUCGUCAGCUAACCAGCGAGCCUGUCAGGCCUCCAUCUCCCUGGGCCAGACCGUGAUCUGCAAACACAAGAACCUGCGUUACUACAGCUCCAAAGUCACGCAGAUCACCUCCCAGACGUUCUACGAGGUCAUGUUUGACGACGGCUCCUUCUCUAAUGAUACCUACCCCGAGGAUAUUGUGAGCAGAGACUGUGUGAACCUGGGUCCUCCAGAGGUUGGAGAAGCUGUUCAAGUAAAAUGGCCCGACGGCCUCUUCUACGGUGCUAAAUAUCUGGGAUCCAACGUUUCGUACAUGUACCAGGUGGAGUUUGAAGAUGGAUCUCAGGUUCUGGCUAAAAGGGAAGAUGUCUACACCUUAGAUGAAGAUCUCCCUAAAAAGUCGACGGCCUCCAGUAUGCGCUUCGAGGACGCCUUCUUCAUCACGCAGGGGGAGAGGAAGAGGCAGAGGACUCCAAACUCCCGCUUUCAGAAUGACUAUGUGGCCCUGCCGGGCCUCCGUACAACUGUAAAAAGCACAUGGGAGCAGCGCGACCACAAGGAGAAGUGAAAUGGCGGAGAGAACAAAGACUAAUGAAUGCACUGAAGUAACGGUGGACGUCGAGGCGAAGCUUUUUGUGCUUGAGCGUAAGGCUUUGAGAUCUGCUUCCAUCUCAGCAUCAGUGGGUCAGACAGCUUCCUUAUGAAAAGGUUAGAAGUGAUGGAUGGGUGGUUUUGGUUUGUGUGCGCAGUCGAACCACCGGUGAGGAGUGAGUGGAUGGUGUGACGGGUUGGAUUUGUGUAAAGUGUGUUAAAAAGAGGGCGCUGCUGCCUCGUCCGUCAGGGAAAAAGAACAAGACUUCGAGCAGUCACAUAACCCUUUUGGAAUUGUUUCUUUGUACAUGGAAAUAAAAUCAAUGUGAAAAUUUUCUAAAUAGCUCAUUUAUGUUAGCAUUACUAUAUAUUUUUUUGGGGGAGGGGGUCUUUAAGUUGUGGUUUUGAUUUAGAAUCUUUUUCUGCUUGUAAUAUUUUCCAGUUUUCUGUUUCCCCUGCAUGUUAAACACGUCUCCUAACUGCUUCUGCUGGGCUCAGUCCAGUCACACAGGCUUCCUCUCUCUGUGUGGGGUUUUAUCUGUGAUGACAAACUCUUAUGAAUUCUGUCAUUUGAUUUUUUUUUGUUUUUGUCACAAAAAUUGACAUCAAGAAUUAUUUAAAAAUAAGUAAUCACAGUAACCUCCUCCUUGGCGUAAACGCUCAGACAGAAAGACGAAGCGUUUGUGUUGGAUCGUUGUGCCCCGGUAACGUGAAAUGCUACUGUUGCCCUGUCGAAUGAAACCCAGUGUUGAAAUUAUUUAAAGUUUGUAUUUAUUUUUGCCUCGCUAGAGUUAAAAACUAUUGCUAACUGCUGUAAGAAAAAAAAUAAAAAAAAUUACAAGUUUAUUUUUUAUUUUUUAAUUGAAAUUGUCCGUCAAGUCAAAUUCAAUGUAUAAGAAAUAAAUUGGUAAUUUUAGGAAUCAUAA